AAGCAUAUUAUUUAUCUAGAUCGAGAGAGUCUGCAACACAUAAGACAAAUUUGAAGUUCUAAACACAAAAUCUCCCAUGAUUAGAGAAAGUGUCAUCCUUGUUUUCCUGUUAGUUUCCCAAAGUUGCAAUGCUGCGGAAACAAACCGCUGUGCGCCUUCAGCCUGCGGCAACAUCCGGAACAUUAGUUAUCCUUUCCGACUCGAAACUGAUUCAAUCAACUGCGGAGACCUUAGAUAUAACCUGUCUUGUGAAAAUAAUUCGACGGUGUUAAAUCUAUAUGGAGGAAAAUACUAUGUGCAGGCCAUCAAUUACCAGAACUUCACAAUCCGACUGGUGGAUGCUGGCGUCCAGCAAGAUGACUGUUCCUCUAUUCCUCGUUUUCCUUUGACUCAUUACCCCUUCGAAUGGGGAGAUCCAUACUCGUAUUAUAAUUACAAAUGGUUGUACCCUGGAGUAUUGAGGUUCUUUUUAUCGGACACGAUUACGUUCAUCAAGUGCCCAAAUCCAGCGGUGAAUUUUCGUCUUACUUAUGUGGACACUGCGCCUUGCAUCAGUGGAGGGAACUACUCAUAUGUGGCUAUAGGCAGCAUACAGGCAUCUGAUUUGAUGGACUCGUGCACCGUGGAGAUGAUCACUUUGUUUCCAUUUGCUGCAAAGAAGGUGUCCUUCAUUGAAAUUCAUAAAGAUCUGGCAUUUGGGUUCCAGCUUUCAUGGUUCGAUGGCCUCCACUGUGUUAAUUGUCGAAAUGGGUGCUACCUGGAGAACAACAGCAAUCAUGUUCAUUGCAUAAAAUGGAAAGGUCCCAUUGACGUAGGAUUUGGACUCAGAAUUUGGCUCCCAAAGAUCAUGCAUGUUGGUGGUAUUGUUGUUGGAAUGUUUCUUGCUGCAAGAGCUUCAUGUGGAAUUCUACUAUUAAUCGCAUUUCUUACUUAUAAAUGGCGAAGAAGGCAUUUAUCGGGGUAUGACACUAUUGAAGAAUUCUUACAGAGCCACAAUAACCUUAUGCCAAUAAGAUAUUCUUACUCAGACAUUAAGAAGAUUACUGGUGGUUUCAAGGAAAAGUUAGGAGAAGGAGGCUUUGGUUCUGUGUAUAAAGGAAAGCUUCGUAGCGGUAAAUUGGCUGCAAUAAAGGUACUAAAUAAAUCUAAAACUAAUGGACAAGAUUUUAUCAAUGAAGUUGCUACUAUUGGGAGGAUUCACCAUACUAACGUUGUACAGUUAAUUGGCUUUUGUGUUGAGAGAUCAAAGCAGGCUCUUAUAUAUGAAUUCAUGUCCAAUGGGUCUCUUAAUAAUUUUAUGUUUCAUAAAGAAGGAUCUAUUUCUUUAAGUUGGCAAAAACUUUGUGAGAUUUCCCUUGGAGUGGCCUACGGCAUAGAAUAUCUGCACCAAGGUUGUGACAUGCAAAUCCUUCAUUUUGACAUCAAACCUCACAACAUUCUUCUUGAUGAAAAUUUUACGCCAAAGAUUUCAGAUUUUGGUCUUGCUAAAUUUUAUCCAACAAAGGGGAACAUUGCAUCUCUUACAGCUGCAAGGGGAACAAUAGGAUAUAUGGCACCAGAAUUAUUCUACAAAAACAUUGGACGUCUCUCAUACAAAGCAGAUGUAUAUAGUUUUGGAAUGUUAAUUCUAGAAAUGGCAGACAAAAGGAAGAAUGUAAAUGCAGUUGCUGAACAUUUAAGUGAAGAUUACUACCCAUUUUGGGUUCAUGACCAACUCUCUAGAGGAAAAUUAGCAAUAGAAGACACAACAGAGGAGGAAAACAUAAUAGCUAGGAAAAUGAUUUUAACAGGAUUAUGGUGCAUACAGAUGCAACCAUGUGAUCGUCCUCCAAUGAACAAAGUUGUAGAGAUGCUUGAAGGAGAUUUGGAAAGUCUAGAAUUGCCUCCCAGACCUGUUCUAUUUCCUAUUUGCUCAGUGACUACAGAUGGAGGAGAAUUAUCAUCAAAAUUAGGUGAUUUUACAGAAUCAAGUAGCUUGAUUGAAAAUCCAAGUUAAGUAACUUGAUACAUAAUAUUCUGAAGAGUGCAGGGGAAGGCCAACAUCCCCACACCUUGAAAGAGUUGGUCUUCAAGUUUUAUCAUUUUAAUUUGCUCUAAAGACUAAGGUUAAUGACUUAAUGAAUGAUGAUAGUUUGUGAUCUUGUGUGUGUGUGUGUGUGUGUGUGUUUAACUUGUAGGCUACUUUAUUCAUAUUUAUGGUUCUCUCAAAACGACCUAGGCCACAUUGGUAAGACAAAAAUAACACCGUAGAGUUCACUAA